AUGGUAUUGUUUGCUUCUCAUGAUCCCGCACCCCGCCCGACAGACGAACCCUGCGAAAAGAAACCGGUAACCGACUAUCUUCAAGACCAAAGCCCGUCGCUCAGCGAGAAUGAUGAGAUUGAUUGGACUGCCGCCGAGGAGACGAGUCUCGUGCGAAAACUGGACCUGGUUGUGAUGCCGUUGCUCGUGCUUGGCUUCUACGCUCUUCAGUUAGAUCGUGGGAACAUUGGAAAUGCCUUGACCGAUUACUUCAUGGAGGACGUGGGCAUCACGCAGUUCCAGUUCAACGUUGGCCAGCAGCUCCUCUCCGCUGGCAUCGUCAUCUUGGAGAUCCCAAGCAACCUUGUUCUUUUUCGGAUCGGUCCGCAAAAAUGGAUCAGUGGCCAAAUCGUUGCAUGGGGACUUGUUGCGACUUUCCAAGCCUUCCAGAAGGGUCUAGGAGCAUUCAUGGUUACCAGGAUUCUGCUCGGUCUAUGUGAGGCCGGCUUCAUUCCCGCCAGUCUCUACACCAUCUCCAUGUUCUACAAGAGGGAUGAGACGAGCAAACGCUUCUCCAUAUUCUUCUUGGGUAACUUGACUGCCGUCGCAAGCAGCGGUUUGAUUGGCUAUGGCAUUCUGCAUAUGAGAGGAGUUGCCAAUCUUGCCGGCUGGCAGUGGCUCUUCAUCAUCGAGGGAAUGUUCACAUGCGUGGUCGGCAUUCUCUUCGCCGUCUUGUUCCCCAAAAGCCUCUUCGAGCCCAAGAGCGCCUUUGGGAUCCGCUACUUUACAGAGCGCGAAGCAGGCAUCCUCCGCCGCCGCAUCCUGUUCGACGACCCGCGCAAGCUGCAGAAGAAGAAAUGGAUCGACUGGGCCGAGCUCCGCCAUGCUCUCUGCAACUGGCGGGUGUACCCUCACCUCCUGCUCACCCUGACGGCCAUCGCUCCCGUCAGCACGCUCAACUCGUACGCGCCCACGCUCGUCAGCUCCUUUGGCUACGGUCGCCUGGUCUCCAACGCGCUCGUUUCCGUCGGCGGCUGGAUCUCGCUAGUCAUGAACGUCUCGUGGGGCCUGCUGGCAGACCACUUUGGCCUCCGUGGCCCGCUCGUCCUCCUCGGUGUGCUCAUCUGGUGGGCCGUCACCAUCGCCAACCGCGCCCUCAUCCACAGCGAUGACAAUCACGCCCGCUACGCCGUCCUCACCCUCGCCCUCUCCUUCUCCAUGACCUACCACGCCGUCAACGGCUCCUGGCUCGCCCUCAACGCCCGCUCCGCCGGCGAGCGCAGCAUCACCAUGGCCCUCUUCAUCAUGGCCGCCAACGCCGCCGGCAUUGUUGGUGGCCAGCUAUUCCAGGCCAGCGACAAACCGCUGUACCAGACCGGCUGGACCGUCAUCGUCGCUCUCACCAGCAUCGGCCUGGUCUUUACCAUCCUAUCGAAUCUGCAGUAUUGGUGGUUGAACAGGGGGAUUGUCAGGCAGGAGCGCCAAAGAGCCAUGGCUGGCGAGGGUAUCGUAACGGAUGGAGCAUUGCAUCGCUACCAUCAGUAA